AUGCUUGCUGUUAUUCUUGUUCCAAUCGCGCUCUGUGUCUUGUAUCUGGUUCUGGUGACCGGGAGAAGAGCCAAGAACCUUCCUCCAGGGCCUCCAACUAUUCCUAUCUUGGGAAAUCUUCAUCAGAUUCCCAGGAAAGGCUCAUACUUCAAAUUUACCGAAUGGGCCAAGCAAUACGGUGGCCUUUAUUCUCUCAAACUGGGUACGGGAACCGCGGUCGUCAUCACGGAUCGACGCAUUAUCAAAGAGCUCAUCGACAAGAAAAGCGCCAAAUACAGCAAUAGGCCACACUCAUAUGUUUCACACGAUCUGAUGACCUCGGGAGAUCAUCUCUUGGUUAUGCAAUAUGGCCAGCAGUGGCGGACUUUCCGAAAGCUGAUUCAUCAGUAUUUCAUGGAAUCCAUGGUCGAGAAGAAUCAUAUAGAGGUUCAGAAUGCCGAAGCAGUGCAGAUGCUCCGUGAUAUGUGCGUGCGGCCUGACCAACACAUGCUUCACCCCAAGCGGUACAGUAACAGCAUUACCAUGAGUCUAGUUUUCGGCUUCCGCACACCCUCAGUUGAUACACCCCAUAUGACUCGCCUAUAUGAUAUGAUGGAGAACUGGUCUCAGGUGAUGGAGGCUGGUGCUACUCCUCCCGUUGAUGUUUAUCCAUUCCUGCACUAUGUACCACAGGCUCUGUUUGGUAACUGGGUGAGCAGAGCGAAGGAGGUGGGCCGCGAGAUGAACGGAUUAUACGGGGGUGAGCUUGAACGUGUUAGAGUGCGCCGGCGGUUGAAGGGAAGUAAAAAUUCGCUCAUGGACAUUAUCCUGGAUCAGGAGGACACUCUGGGACUCAACAAUCAUCAGCUCUACUUCCUCGGUGGUGUAUUAAUGGAGGGAGGAUCGGAUACCACAAGUUCUCUUAUCCUUGCGUUCAUGCAAGCGAUGGUCAAAUGGGGCCAUGUUCUUCAGAAGGCACAAGAGGAGAUUGACAGUGUUAUCGGCGAAGAUCGGACCCCUGUGUGGUCGGACUAUGCCCAAUUGCCUUACGUGGCGACCAUCGUGAAAGAAGCUCACAGGUGGCGGCCUGUUGUGCCUCUCUCAUUUCCUCACGCCGCUGCGGAAGACGACUGGAUUGAUGGGUAUUUGAUUCCCAAAGGAAGUACGGUCAUUAUCAACGCCUGGGGUAUGCACCACGAUGAAAAACGGUUCCCGAACCCUGACACAUUCGAUCCCGACCACUAUAAAGGCCAGACUGAACUCGCACCCGAGCUCGCAGCUAAGGCGGACUAUGAAAGUCGCGAUCACUACGGUUAUGGCUCUGGUCGUAGAAUCUGUCCCGGAAUCCACCUCGCUGAGCGCAAUCUGUUCAUAGCAAUUGCCAAACUGAUCUGGGCAUUUUCCAUCGAGCCCGCCUUGGACGAGAAAGGUCAGCCAGUUGAGUUUGAUUUGAGCGCCCAGACGGGCUACAGUGAAGGCCUUUUGGUAUGUGCGAAGGACUUCCCUUGUGUGGUUAAGCCAAGAUCAGAAGCCCGUAUCGCAACGAUUAUGAAAGAACAUGAGAGGGCCCAGAAGGAUGUUUUCUGCCGAUUUGAUGUUUAA